UAGAGAGCUGUUGAAGAAGACCCUUUCAUUUCAUGCAAUCCCAUGGAACGUUUCAGGAGACCACAUUUUGAAUCACUCAAAAGACGACCUCUCAACAAAAGCCUAAAACCAAUCAAUCUUACAUUAAUUAGUUUAUCAUCUUCCCGUUUCUCAGCACCAUAGCUUCUCUCUUCUUCAAAUUUCGAUUUUCAAACCCCAACUAUACAUGGCUUCACACUUCCGUUUUCCCUGCAUCGUCUUCAUAGUCGCCGUCUUUAUCAUCUUCUUCAUCAUAACGCCUUCCAUUUCUUUGGCUCAGUCCGCCGAUUCCUGCAACGGAAUAUUCUUGUCCUACGUCUACACCGGCGGAAGAGAGCUGCCUCCCAACGUCUCCGAUUCCGGCGAGCAGCCGCACCGGUUCGAGUCUACUCUCACGGUGCUAAACAAUGGGCUCGACGAGCUUAAGUCCUGGAAGGUUUUUGUGGGGUUUCAGCACGACGAAUAUUUGGUCUCUGCAUCGAACGCAGUGCUUGCUGAUGGCACCAGCUUACCUGCCAACGUCGGAAACGGCACUGUUCUUGCGGGGUUCCCCACGACCGACCUCAAGACGGCGGCGGAGACUGCCGGGGACUUGACGCAGAUGAAAAUUCAGGUCAACUUAGUGGGGACACAGUACGGUGUGGCCCCGCCGACGGUGCCGCUGCCGUCGAACAUCACUCUCGCCAAUGAUGGGUUUGUUUGUCCCAAGUCCACUGGCCAAGGGAAUGAGACUCAUGUCUGUUGCACUAGAGAUUCCAAUUUCAAAACAAGCAUCACCACAGACCAAGAGCUUUUACCUCGCCAGAAUGGUGAUCUUUCAAUUAUGUAUGAUGUGACCAGUACUUAUGAAUCCAAUUACUGGGCUGAGGUUACAAUCUCAAACCAUAAUCCUCUUGGACGUCUUGAUAACUGGAGAUUAAGCUGGGACUGGAUGAGGCAAGAAUUUAUCUAUGCAAUGAAAGGUGCUUAUCCUUCUGUUGUGGACACUUCUGAUUGUAUCUUUGGCUCACAAGGUGGACACUACCAAGAACUUGACUUUUCCAAUGUGUUGAGUUGUGAAAAAAGUCCAACGAUAGUUGAUCUCCCUCCCACAAGGUUCAAUGAUUCUGACCUUGGAAAAAUCCCAUUUUGCUGCAGGAAUGGAACUAUCUUGCCUCCAUCCAUGGACCCAAGUAAGUCAUCUUCAAGGUUCCAAAUGCAGGUCUACAAGAUGCCACCAGACCUUAACCGCUCCGUCCUCACUCCACCACAGAACUGGAAGAUAAGUGGCACACUCAAUCCUGACUACAAAUGUGGUCCUCCAAUUCGUGUGAGUCCAAGCGAAAACCCAGAUCCCACAGGCUUACCUUCCAACAAAUCUGCAAUUGCAAGCUGGCAGGUUGUGUGCAAUAUAACAAAGGACAAUGGGACUGCAAGAAAAUGCUGUGUCUCGUUUUCUGCUUAUUACAAUGAAUCUGUCAUUCCUUGCCAGACAUGUGCAUGUGGAUGCACGGGCAACACAGGAAGAACAUGUAGUACAAAUACACCAGCUAUGUUGCUUCCAGCAGAGGCACUUCUAGUUCCAUUUGAGAAUCGGAGUGCCUUGGCUGUUUCUUGGGCUGAUCUGAAGCAUUUCACAGUGCCAAACCCAAUGCCUUGUGGUGAUAACUGUGGAGUGACCAUCAAUUGGCAUGUGCUCACAGAUUACUCUAAAGGUUGGAGCGCAAGGAUCACACUGUUCAACUGGGGUGAGACUGCUUUUGCAGAUUGGUUUGCUGCGGUGGAAAUGAACAAAGCAGCUUCAGGUUUUGAGAAGAUGUACUCGUUCAAUGCAACUGCCUUGGAGGGAGUGAGUAACACUAUAAUGAUGCAGGGUCCUGCAGAAAAUAACUACCUUCUGGCAGAAACAGAUGGAGAUGACCCUAAGGAGGAUCCUAGGAUUCCUGGAAAACAACAGUCAGUAAUCUCUUUUACAAAGAAAUCUACUCCUGGAAUCAAUGUGGUUGGUGGAGAUGGGUUUCCCACUAAAGUCUUCUUCAAUGGGGAGGAAUGCUCUCUUCCUUCUGUAUUUCCAAGCAGUGGUUUCAAGAAGGAGUUUUCUUUGUUCUUAACACUAUCACUAUCACUGUUCAUCAUCUUGAUGCAGUUUCAGUAGAGAAGUUCAUCUCUUGCUGUUGUUGUCGUAACAUUCAUGCUGUAUAUCUAAUUCAAUUCUGUUGGUAUGAUUCUUUUUUUUUUUUUUUAAUAAAGAUUGUUGGUAUGAUUCUUUGCUGAGCAUAGUUCAGAAGAAUGUAGACUUGUGUCAGACACGCGAUAGAAGUAUAUUAUGUUCUUCCUGUCUUCUGUAGUUUAAUUGUGCUUUUCUUUCUCUUAUCUUGAUUCGUUUCUGUAA